GUUAUAAUUAAAUCAAAGCCUCAUUAGGCUAGAGGGCGUGGCCGGGUGUGACCCAGUGGGAGGUGGGAAUCUCACCAAUAAAAGGCGCUCAUGUGCCCCUUCCCUGCAAGAACUGAGCUCCUGGUGGAAGCAGCUGGAGGACAGAGGAGCUUCCAGCAGAAGAGUGGACAUGGCUGCACUCUUCUAAGAAGCAAGCAGCUGUCCCGUCUGCUCAGACUAUCUAGAAAAACCAAUGUCCCUGGAGUGUGGAUGCAGCGUCUGCCUCAAGUGCAUCAACUCACUGCAGAAGGAGCCCCAUGGGGAGGACCUACUUUGCUAUUGCUGUUCUGUGGUCUCUCAGAAGAACAAAGUCAGGCCCAAUCGGCAGCUAGAGAGGCUGGUUUCCCACAUCAAGGAACUGGAGCCCAAGCUGAAGAAGAUUCUACAGAUGAACCCAAGGAUGCGCAAGUUCCAAGUGGAUAUUACCUUGGAUGCCAACACAGCCAACAACUUCCUCCUCAUUUCUGACGACCUCAGGAGCGUCCAAAGUGGGCGCAUCAGACAGAAUUGGCAAGACCUUGCCGAGAGAUUUGACUUCUCCGUUUGUGUCCUGGGCUCCUCUCGCUUUACCUGUGGCCGCCACUACUGGGAGGUAGACGUGGGAACAAGCACAGAAUGGGACCUGGGAGUCUGCAGCGAAUCUGUUCACCACAAAGGGAGGAUCCAGCUGACCACAGAGUGUGGAUUCUGGACUGUGAGUUUGAGGGCUGGAAGCCGCCUCUCUGCCAGCACGGUGCCGCCGACUUUCCUCUUCAUAGAUGGCAAGCUACAGCGAGUGGGGAUUUUUCUGGAUAUGGGCAUGCAGAACGUUUCCUUUUUUGAUGCUGAAGGUGGUUCCCAUGUCUAUACAUUCAGGAGAGUCUCUGCUGAGGAGCCACUGUGCCCAUUUUUGGCUCCUUCAAUUCCACCUAAUGGUGAUGAGGGUGUCUUGAGUAUCUGUCCUGUGAUGAACCCAGGCACUACUGAUGCUCCAGUCCAUCCUGGGGAGGACAAACAAACUCCCACUGCAAAAAAACAAAAAACAGGGUAAGAAAAUUACUUGGGUGGGUAGACUUGGGAACUUUCUACUUGGUAAAAGCAUUAUACAAAGUCAUACGAGAAAAAUACGGGACAUGUCAUGAUUGUACUUAAUCUAAUUUGAUUAGAUUAGAAAUUGAGUCCUAAGUAUUAAUUGUUGCCACCAUCCAACUCAUUGAGUCUUAUGUUCACAUCUUGUUUCCUAUAGAAAUGUCCUGUAUUCUGGGAUCAAUUUCCAAAUGCUUUACUUUUUUAUUUCUGUAAGUUCAAAUUAAUGUAUUAUAGAAGUUAUGAGUUAAAUAAACAUUGGAAUAUCA